AUGCUUCUGUGGGCACAGCACGGUUUGCUACCACCGCCUUCGAUUCUACUCAGAGAGUUGCCGUGUCCUUCCUCUCUUGUAUUUACUCUUUUCACUUACUGUAUUUAUAACUUUCUCAUUCACUGUAUUUAUUUAUCUCUCAUUCACUGUAUUUAUUCUUCUUCAUCUCCCUCACUGUAUUUAUUUCUCUCUCACUCUCUUUCCAUCCCACUGUAUUUCUUUCUCUCUUCCCUACUGUAUUUAUUAAUUUAUGUCUCCCCACCGUACUUGUUAAUUCAUGUCUCCCCUUCUGUAUUUAUUAAUUUAUCUCUCUUCUCCACUUUAUCUAUUUCUCUUUCUUCCCCACCACAUUAUUUAUUAUUUUCUCACUCUCUCUCAUUUUAUUUAUUUUUCACUUGCUCACUAUCAAAUUUUAUUUAUUUCUCUCUCUCUCUCCCUCAUUUCAUUCAUUUCUCUCUUUUUCUCUCUCUAUCUGUCUCCCUCAUUUUAUUCAUUUUUCUUUCCCUAGUUCUCUCUCCCUCUCAUUAUAUUCAUUUUCUCUCUCUCUUUUUAUUCAUUUUUCUCUCUUCACUUUAA